CACAUGUGGCAUGGGCGUGUCUGCACAUUUGGUGCCUGUGCACCCAUGCUGGUGUAAUGACACAACUCUGCUUGUAUGCUCUGGAUGAGCAGGACACAUGUGCAGAAAUAUGGACACUGGCUGCAUGGGGGCCUGUGCUGCCCUGGGGCAGCAGGACCGAGGGCCUCAGGCUGCCCAGGGCCUGGUCUUGGGGUAACAUUGGCCCUUGUCAUCACUCAACUUGCCCCCACUGUGCCCCUCAAGCCACCUGUGCUCCCUGUCCAUCCGGGGCACCCCAGCCCCUCUGACUCCUCCCUCACCAAGGCCCCUGGGACCUCGGGCACCAAGGCCCCACCUCCCUCCUUGGCACUGAGGGGCUACCUGAUGUCCUCAUCACCCAGUACUGUUCUGGUCUGGGGGUCUCUGUAGGCCGGCCACAGUGGCUACCAAGGGACAUUCUGUCUCCUCUCGCUGAUAGGCGUAUUGAUGGCUCGGGGCUCCUGUGUCCAGCGCCUCUCCCCACCCCAGCGCGGAGCCUGUCCCAGAAUGUCCAUCUGAGGGAGGCAGAUCCUCUGGUUCAGAGUUUUUGUCCUGGGGCGGGUCUGGUGCUGUGGGCCCGGCAUUGUGGGGACCUGAUGGGCCACGCUGAGUCCCACCCGAGAGCUACUCCUGGGCCACACGGGCCUCGCCAGCGCCAAGAUGAGUGUCACCUCCUGGUUCCUGGUGAGCAGCAGUGGCACCCGCCACCGGCUCCCCCGAGAGCUCAUCUUCGUGGGGCGUGAUGAGUGUGAGCUCAUGCUGCAGUCCCGCAGCGUGGACAAGCAGCAUGCCGUCAUCAACUACGACCAGGAAAGGGACGAACACUGGGUAAAGGACCUGGGCAGCCUGAACGGGACAUUUGUGAAUGACGUGCGCAUCCCGGAUCAGAAGUACGUCACGCUGAAGCUCAACGAUGUCAUCCGAUUCGGCUAUGAUUCCAACAUGUACGUGCUGGAGCGCGUGCAGCACCGUGUCCCCGAGGAGGCGCUCAGGCACGAGAAGUACACCAGCCAACUGCAGGUGAGCGUCAGGGGCCCAGUACCCAAGCGGGGUGAGGCGCAGCCAGAGCACACGCCGUACUGCGAGGCCUCGACCCCCAGGCCGGAGCGGGGUGACCGGAGACCAGGAGCAGAGGCAGCGACCUACCGCACGCCCCUGUACGGGCAGCCCUCCUGGUGGGGUGAGGAUGAUGGUGGCACCUCACCCGAGGACCGGCGCCAGGAGGAGCCCUACCCAGAGCGGCCCAAGGAGCUAACGCAGCAGGAUGGGGAGCUCACUGGGACGUUGGCCGGCUUCCGGUCCACCACGGAGCCUCAGGGCUACUCGUUCCGGCGGGAGCCCAGCUACUUCGAGAUCCCCACGAAGGAGGCCCCGCAGCCACCAAGGCCCCCCGAGGUGCCGGUGCACGAAGCACCCACCAAGGACGUGGAGCCCGGCGGGGGCGGGGUGGCCCCCGUGGUGCAGAGCCACGCGUCCUUCACCAUCGAGUUUGACGACUGCAGCCCGGGCAAGGUGAAGAUCAAGGACCACGUCACCAAGUUCUCCCUGCGCCAGCGGCGGCCCCAGGGCAAGGAGGCCACGCCUGUCGAGGUGGUCUCUGCCGAGACCAAGGUGGCCGACUGGCUGGUGCAGAACGACCCCAGCCUGCUGCGCCGGGCCGGCCCCGGAGACGACCGCCACAGCACCAAGAGCGACCUGCCUGUCCACACCCGCACCCUGAAGGGCCACAAGCACGAGGAUGGCACACAGAGCGAUUCGGAGGACCCCGCGGCCAAGGCAGCCGCAGAGAGCACCGGGGAGCAGGUGCGGCUGCAGAGGCAGAUCAAGCGGGAUCCCCAGGAGCUGUUGCACAACCAGCAGGCCUUCGUCAUCGAGUUCUUUGAUGAGGACACACCCCGCAAGAAACGCUCCCAGUCCUUCACGCAUGCCCCGCCCGGGGACCCCAAGGCCGACAAGCGCCGAGGCCCUGGGCCCCCCGACAGGGACCGCACGGGGGCACCAGCCCCAGCCCGGGGGGCGGGCGGCAGCUCAGGGCCUCAGCGAGCCGGCUCGCUCAAGCGGGAGAAGACGGAGGAGCGGCUGGGCAGUCCCUCGCCCGCCACCCGGGCCCCUGCUCGCCCCUUCGGCAGCGUGGGGCGCCGCUCCCGCCUGGCCCAGGACUUCAUGGCCCAGUGCCUGCGGGACAGCUCCCCGGCCACCCGGCCUGCCCCCGAGAAGGCACCCCCAGCACUGCCCACCCCCCUGACGCCCCGUGGGGCCAGCCCGGUGGCCCCCUCGACCCCGCCUCCACCGCCUGCUGACCCCCAGCUGAGCAAAACGCGCAAGCAGGAGGAGGAUGACAGUCUCAGUGAUGCAGGGACGUACACCAUCGAGACGGAGACGCAGGACCAGGAGGUGGAGGAGGCCCGCAAGAUGAUCGACCAGGUCUUCGGGGUACUUGAGUCCCCUGAACUCUCCAGGGUGUCCUCGGCCACCUUCCGUCCAGUCAUCAGAGGGGACAGAGACGAGUCUGGUGAUGGAGUGGUCCAGCGGAUGGCCCUGCUGCAGGAGUUUGCGUCCCGGCCAGUGGGCGUGGUCCCCCAGGGGGAGCUCCAGGGCCUCCCAUUGCCAGGCUCCCCCGGGGGUCAGAAGUGGGUGUCCCGCUGGGCCAGCCUGGCUGACAGCUAUUCGGACCCAGGCCUGGCAGACGACGGCCCUGGGCGCAGAGCUGGGGAGCUCGAGGGGGCCCUUCCUGUGCGCCAGCGGCGACUACUCCCACAGCUGCCCAGCGACAGGGCGGACAGCCCCGCUGGCCCCGAGGCUGCCAGGAAGAGUGGGCCUGGGCCGCCAGAGCCAGGCAGUGAACAGGCCAGCCGCCUCUUGGGCCAGGAGGACCUGGAACCCGACAGCCUCAGUGAUGCCAGUGGGUCAGACGGGGGACGAGGCCCUGAGCCGGGCGGAGGUCUGCAGGAGGAGAGACGCAGGAGCCCACAGGAGGGACUGGCAUGGACGAGGGGCCGGCGCUCGCCGAGGGCCCCCGGGGAGCUGGCCCCCACCUCUUUCUUCAUCGGGGACCAAAACGGAGAGGCCACUUUCCCCAGGAAACCAUCUGUGGCUCCAGGGGAGGUCGAGGGCCCGGGACAGGCAGCCCAGCCCAGUCUCCCAGCGAGGGAUGGUGUCUACGUGAGCUCCAGCGGGAGAAUGGUCAUCCAGCUGCGGCCAGGGCGGUCCCCAGAGCCCGAGGGCCCCGCCCCAGCCCCACCCAAGGAGGCUCUGGCCUUCAUCCGGCAAGAGAGCUUCACCAAGGAGCCAGCCAGUGGCCCCCCAGCACCUGGUCAACUCCCGCACAUCUCUAGCCACCCCCUCCUGCAGGACCUGGCCGCAGCCCGGGCCUCACGCAUGGACCUCCACUCCCAGGACACCCACCUGAUCUUGAAGGAGACAGAGACAGCCCUGGCAGCCCUGGAGGCCCGCCUGCUCUCCAAGUCCACAGAAGAGGCGGAGGGUGAGGUUGGCAGUGCCCCUGGUCCACCAGAGGACUCCCUGUCUGGGGACUCCGACGUGGACACGGCUAGUACCGUCAGCCUGCUCAGUGGCAAGAACGGGCCCAGCCCGACCAGCCCCCAGCCCACGGGGCUGCAGAAGGAGAAGCCACCAUCCCCGCCAGCAGCACAAGACCCAGGGAGCAGCGCCCGGGAGCGACUCUCAGAGAAGCAGCGCCACCCAUCAGGCCCGACGGAUGUGGGCCGCGGAGAGCCAGCACGGCGCCUGGCCGUGCGGCGUGGCUGCGGUCCCCGGGGGUCCUUGGACUGGCCUGAUGAAGAACGAGGCUCUGGUCUCACCCACCCACCCAGCUCAGACACGGUCACCUCUGACCACGAGACCCCUGCAGCCACUGGGGCAGGUCGGCCGGGGCCUCGCCGAAAACCCACAGCGCCGCCGCCGUCCCCGGCUGCCCGGGAUGAGCAGAGCCGCCCCUCAGCCGGCGCUCAGAAGGUGCAGCAAGCACUGACCCGCUCCAACAGCCUGUCCACCCCUCGGCCCACGCGUGCCUCCCGGCUGAGACGGGCCCGGCUGGGGGAUGCCUCGGACACUGAGGCCACGGAUGGUGAACGGGGACCCCUGGUCAACCCCGAGCCAGCGGGGCGGCCGGCCGCUGAUCAGGCCAAGAAGCUGUCGCGCCUGGACAUCCUGGCCAUGCCCCGGAAGCGGGCCGGCUCCUUCACGGGGCCCAGCGACUCAGAGGCAGCUGCCACCCGCACUGGCUUCUCCGGCCGCAGCGUCGAGUUGUACUGUGCCGGCCGCAAGCCCACCAUGGCCGAGGCCCGAGCUGCCGCCAGAAAGGCCGCUGCCACUGCCACGGCUGCCCGCCAGCCCUUCAGCAGGGCCCGCCCGGGCAGUGCCCGGUACUCCUCACCCAGUACACGUCGCCGGCAGCAGGGCUCGGACUGCACAUCCACCUCCGAGGAAGAGUAUGGCUCCCACCACGGCUCCCCCAAGCACACACAUUCCCAGGCCUCUACAGCCACGCAGACCCCACGGGCUGGCGGCUCUGGACGGCCCCGGCCCCGGGCCCCUGGCCUCCGGGACACAGAUGAUGAGGAAGAAGAGCCUGACCCCUAUGGUUUCAUUGUGCAGACAGCCGAGAUUGCUGAGAUUGCCAGGCUGAGCCAGACACUGGUGAAGGACGUGGCCAUCCUGGCCCGGGAGAUCCACGAUGUGGCUGGGGACGGCGACUCGCUGGGCUCACCGGGGUCCGCCCGCAGCCCCUCCCUCAACAACGUACCCAGUACCCCCGCCUCCACCAUCUCUGCCCGAGAGGAGCUGGUGCAGCGCAUCCCUGAGGCCAGCCUCAACUUCCAGAAGGUGCCGCCUGGCUCCCUGAACUCCCGGGACUUGGACCAGAACAUGAAUGACCGUCGUGAGGACUCCCUGGCCACCAAGACGCGGCCUCGGAACCGCGAGGAGGCAGGCACCCCACCCACCGCUCUGAGAGCGGGCCCGGCCGUGAUCUUUGAUAACCUGAUGCUGAACCCCGUGUCCCAGCUGUCUCAGGCCAUCCGUGAGAACACGGAGCACCUCGCCGAGAAGAUGAAGAUCCUCUUUCAGAACACGGGGCGUGCGUGGGAGGAGCUGGAAGCCAGGAUCAACGCCGAGAACGAGGUGCCCAUCCUGAAGACAUCCAACAAGGAGAUCAGCUCCAUCCUGAAGGAACUGAGGCGUGUGCAGAAGCAGCUGGAAGUCAUCAACGCCAUCGUGGACCCCAGCGGGAACCUGGACCUGCUGACGGCAAACAGGGGCUCUGCAGGCUCAGCCCAGCUCGGGAAAGGCCGGCCAGCUGCCCAGAGCCCAUCGUCGCCCGCCUCGGCCCUGCCCCUGCCCCUGAGAAGCGUCCCGCCGCGGGCGAACUGCGGGGCCCCCGGCCUCUCGGACGCCACCUUCCUCCCCGACUUUCUCCCCGACGCGGAGCGGUUCCUGAUCUAGGGGGCAGGCCGGCGGCCCCUCAUCGCCCGUCUGUCCCUGCACCGGCCCCUCCUGGCUGCGGACAGCUCAUCAGAGACCCCCACAUGUGCCAUAACCCCCUGGGCGGGCGCCUCCAUGCCCAGGUCCCCCCCCCAGCUCCCAACCAGCACCCCAACCGGACUGUCCAGCCCCCGCGGCAGCCCUGCUGGCCUCCUGGCCCAGCUCCUGCUGUGGCCCCUGCCAAGGGCCAGCGUUGCAGGCGAGCGCCGCCUCCUCUCUGUCUCUGUUGUUCUCGUCUUUCGCUUUCAAGGAAAGAGUAGUUUGUGCCAUGUGGCAGCCUCCCUGGCCCGGAAGGGCCCCCCCGACCCCCGGGGAGUGGCUGUUCUGCUGGGAGGCCCCAUGAGCUUACCUGUCCUGUCCCCGUGUGCUGGACGGGGCAGGCAGAGGAAGAGGGGCUGGGCCGUGUGGUCAUUCAGUGCCAAACGGAGCUGGGGGGCUCGUGACUCCCCCGGCUUGGGGACCAGGCAGGGAGCAAGCUGGGCAGGCCGCUUGCAGCCGCCCCAGAGUCCAGAACCUGGGACAGGGAUGUGGCCUGUAGAGACGUUCAGGGCAGGACCCCCGCCGCUUUGAGCCUUUGGUGCCAACACAACUGCCAAACCCCGAAUCGUGCGGGCUGCUGCGGGGCUGGCCACGCACACGCCAGACACACACACCCGUGCUCGCGGCCAGCCCAGCACAUCUCCACGCAUCAGGCACAGCCCUGCGAGCAGUGCGGGGCCUCUGUACCCGGCUUUGGGGGUUCUAGGCUGGGUGGGGUGAGCGCUAGACCAAAGUGGCCGGACACCAGGCUUCCAGAAGCUCCCUAGACACGCACCUUCUGCUGUGACCUCGCCCCUGGCCUCCCGGAUGUUGUGGGCAUUAAUUGGGUGUCUGUACCCGGCUUGGGCCUUACAGGCCCCUUUGCUCCUGGUCCCGUGGGGGGCAGAGAGAGGCCCCAGGGACAGUCUUGUUUUCUCAGGAUUCUUUCAGCUGGGAGCGUGCCGGGAGAGCCGAGUGCGGCCCCCUCCUGGGGGCUGAUGUUUCUCGAGCCUCUAAGCCAAAGAGCCCGGUGGCUGUGGCCCGGGGGGUGGGGUGGGCCCACCUGGACCAUCCUGGUGUGGGUGGGCUCUGCAGGACAGCACUGCCUGCUGGGGGACCCCAAGACAGCGUGUCCCUGUGUUUACAUUGAGCUGACAAGGAGCCGAGCCCUUGGGUCCUGUGUCCCCACCCGGUGUUUACGUGUGUGUAUGUGUGUGUGUGUGAGUGGCGGGGAUCCCGCCCGGCCCCGCCCGCGAGCCUGCUGUGUCCGCACGGAGGAGGUGCUAGUCCAGGUCCGCCCCUGCAUGCCGCACACUUGCCCGCAGCCUGCCCCCGGAAGCAGCCGUGGCCGUCCCUGUGUCCACGGCCUGCACCCACACCCCCUGGCGAUCGCUGUACGGUUUUUUUUAUUCACCAGUUCGUGUUCCUCCCCUCCAGUCUUUGACUUGGGAUCGGUAACUUAUUGUCUGGCUUCUCGGAGGCACCUCUGUGCGUUUGUCCUCAGGUGGUCUUAUGGAGGUCUCAGAAAAUGGUUAUUUUAUAUGAUUUGUCAUGGAAUUUGUUCUAAUAAAUCAUUCUUCUAUCACGUGGCAACAUCCUGG